UAUAAAACCAAAUAACAAUAACAACUUUUUAUUAAGCUAAGCUGACAAGCUACAAAAGGAUGUAGCAUCCGGCAAAUCUCAAAACCAUCCUCUCCCUACUCACAAUCAUGAAUGGAGUUCCAAAAAAAAAAAAACAAAUCACAGGGAUAAAAAAGUAAAUAAAAACAAGAAACAUGAGGAAAAUUAAAAAUACAAAAAGCAUACACAAGUAAUUAUCUUAAUCUACACCCAAAUUAAAACAAAAACUAAAAUCAGUGACAAUUAGUUUAAACAAAUAAUGCAACUCCUCCAAGCAACGCUAGCACAGCCAUGCUACUUCCAUGCACGAAAGCUCCUGACCCUGGUGUCAACCCCGCCGGUGGCAUCGCUAUAGUGGACGGCGAUGGUGCCAUCGGUGAUAGCGCCUUCGGAGAUGGAGGAGACAUGCCAGGUGCCAUUGGUGCCGGUGGUGGACUCAUUGAUGGACCUGGGGCCAUAGCUGGAGGAGACAUUGGAGGUGGUGGUACCAUUGGUGGGGGUGACAUGACUGGUGGGAUCAUUGGAGGAGGAGAUGCAGUCAUAGGUGGUGGGGUUGUCAUCUUUGGUGGUGGCGCCGCGGUGGCCAUUGGCGGCGAGGCUGGAGCUUGGGCUGCAGAGAAGGCAAGGAAUGCAAGGGAUAAGGCUGACAGGAGCAUGGCACGUGAGAGAGCCAUGGCUAGAGAGCAGAGGUUGGGAGGGAAGUGUUUGGUGAGAAACAGGAGAUAG